UAUAUAAAUAAGAGUCAGCAAUGAUUGAGAUACAUCUUGAGCUGGUUUUUGAAAAGAGCAGAGGAUUUGUGAAUAUUACACAAUCAUGAGGCAUUUGAUGGUUAUAUUUUAUUCCUGGCAUCUCCUAUUUGGCAGUUUGUUACUGAUAAAGACAUCUGAUGCAGCUUAUCGUGUUGAUGCCCAUGAAAGAGCAAGGAGGAUGAUUUAUCAUCCCUCAGCUCCGUUUCAGCGGCGUCAUUUAGAUAAAGCUGAAGUAACAGUCAGAGAUCUUCUUGGUUUGAAGGAGUAUGAAGAAGUUGAAGAGUCAAACCGUAUCAAAACAGUUGAAGGCACAGAAGUUUUACGCUUACAAGAGAAGUUCUUAGGUGUUCCUGUUUUUGAUGCUUCAUUAACUGUUACAGAAGAUAAAGAUGGACAUUUGACUGGUGAUGCAACAGGAACAUUUAUUCAAGGAAUUGAAGAUGAUAUUACAAAUGUAAAACCAAAGCUUUCCAAAUCAGAUGUCUUUGAUAUUGCUUUUAAAGCAGAGGGAGAUGAGAUUUACGCAAAUAGUAUCGAACCAGAAUAUGAAAUUAUGAUUUUCAUGGAUGAAAAUGACAAACCUCGAUUAACAUACUAUAUUAAUUAUAGAAUAGAAAAUGAAAUAGUUAUUAAACGGCCUACAUUUGUCAUUGAUGGUAACACUGGAGAAAUACUGUUGAAAUAUAACAAUUUAGAUACAAUUUCCAGAGUAUUGACUGGUUCCGGCGGUAAUGAAAAAUCAGGAAUAUACAAAUUUAGUGAGAAAAAUCACAAAGCUUUUGUAACUCAAAUUGGUGAAAUGUGCUUCCUGGAAAAUAAUUAUGUGAAGGUCAUAGACAUGAAAAACAGUUUUAAUGAAGUCUCUAAUAAUACAGAUCCUAUGUAUUAUCUUUGUGACGUUGGUUUUAAUGAUAGUGUCAAUGCAGCGAUAUCUCCAGCACUUGAUGCUUUCUAUUACGGCAGUGUAGUAUCUCAAAUGUUUCAGGAAUGGUAUAAUACUUCAAUACUAAACGAACAAGCUAUAUUGCGUGUUCACUUUGGAGUAUAUUUUGCUAACGCAUAUUGGGAUGGGAAAUAUUGCACAUUUGGUGAUGGCUAUAAAAACUUUUAUCCUUUUACAGUUGCUGAUAUUAUCGGGCAUGAACUUGCCCAUGGCUUCACACAACAACACUCUAGAUUGCUUUACUUUGAUCAGUCUGGAUCUAUGAAUGAGGCUUUUUCUGAUAUGACUGGAGAGGUCACUGAAGCUUAUGCAAGUGGGAAUGACUGGUUUAUUGGCUUCAACCUCAUGAAAAAUGAGGAAGCAUUGAGAUUUAUGGCAGACCCAUCCUUGGACAAUAUAUCUAUAAGUCAUGUAGAUAACUUCACUGAAAACACGGAUCCUCAUCAUGGAAGUGGGAUUUAUAAUUUUAUUUUUUACUACAUUGUACACGAAUUAAAAAUGGAUAUCAAGGAAGCUUAUCGAGUUUUCCUUAUUGCCAAUGAAAUAUAUUGGCAUCCUCUCUCAAAUUUCACUUCCGGAGCUUGUGAUACGUUGAAAGUUGCCUAUGAUCUUGGGAAAGAUCUAACCCCCUUUAUUAAAGCCUAUGAACUUGUGGGAAUUAAACCAUGUGAUGUAGAGAAAUAUAUUCGAGGAUUGCCAUUUAACAAAACAGUCUCAGGUAUUACAGUGUCAGUUAAAACAAACCCAGUCUUUUAUUUUGUUUAUCCAAGCUGGGCUGGGAAUAUUACAAUUACUGCCACUAGUAUGUGUGGCAAAGUUCGUAUUAAGGUAUCAACGAAUAAUAUGCUAGCAGAGGGAGAUGGUUCAGAUUCAGUUACAUUAUUAGCUGAAGGCACAUCAGAACUGAAUUUGGGAAGGCCUGAAGGACAUAAUUUCUUUGUCAAAUUAUCUUCAGAAUCUACUGAAAAUUUACAGGAUGUUAGUAUACGUGUUAAUUAUCGCUGUGAUCCAGAUUUUGAUGGAGAGACAUUUCUAGAUGAUUUAUUUCACGAGUUGAUUUGUGAUAAAAAAAUGUAAUCAGAUUUUUAACUAAUGAUUUCAGGAAUAAUUAAUAUGUCCAAUAAUUUACAAUUUAAUCAAUGGAGAUUUCAUAAUUGCUUGCUUUUGCAGAUGACAGCAAUUUUCCCUUUUUUAAUAUUUAAUUGAAAAUACAAAUGGAAAAUGAAAACAAACAUAAUUUGAAUCUUAAUUGUUACAUUA